AUGACAAUAGCCACGGUUAAAAAAAUGGUCAAUCUAAGUCUGAACAACAAGGUAUACGAGAAUGUUGAUGACAAUUGUUCCUUCAAAAAAGAUAAAAUUCAUUCACUGAAGAUCACCAACAACCCAAAGAACUGCAUAGAAAACCAUACGUUCGUUGAUAGAGCGAACACCAAAGACAUUCCUUCGAAACCAAAUAAUGGAAGAAACGUGACAUUUUCUGAAAUGAACGAUCAACAUAGGUGUUUUCACACCAACAGUAAGAAAAACGAAACAAAAUCUGAAUAUAAAGAUCUCCUUUCAUUCUUGGAUGAAGUCGAUAGGAACUGUUCUAAAUCUUUGGAGUCUGCAAAACAAAAUGCCAAAAUAGUAUCUGAAAUGGUCCAGUCAUCUAUUAAACUGGAUACAAUCCCAAAAUCAGAAGACUUACUUGCUCUCAGUAAAGAAGAACUUGUUCAGCAAGUCAUCGACUCGAGCCUACGAAUAAAAGAAAAAACAUCAUGCGUUUCCUUACUUCAAGACGAACUCUCUAGCCUCAGAGAUCAGGUGAUGAAACAGAAUAAACAAACCGAAGAAAUAGUGAAGCAAAAAUUAACUCAGCAGAAAGAAGAGUAUGAAGAAGUGAUUAAACGUCAUCAAAAGUUUAUCGAUCAACUGAUUGCAGACAAAAAAGUCCUGAAUCAGCAAUGCGAAGGUUUGAUUCAAGAAAUGAGAAUUCUGGAAGACAGAUAUAACAGCAAUACGAAAGCUCUGGAGCAUAAACAUCAAGUGGAAAUCAAGAAGUUGAAAGAAAUGCAAAUCGCUGGUGAGAAAAUGAGGAGGGAGAGAUGGAUCGACAAUAAAACACAAAAAAUAAAGGAACUUACUGUUAAAAGUAUCGAACCCGAAAUUCAAAGUAUGGAAAAACGGCAACAACAGGAACUAUCUGACAUGAGAGCCAUACACAAGAAGGAAAUAGAGGAUUUAGAGCUGAAAGCCGCAAGAAGAAUGCAACAGCAGUGUGAAGCACUUCGUGCUCAACUGGUAGAAGAAAGAGAGAAGGCCUUAGCUCAUGAAAGAGAACUGAUGAGACAAAGGUUAUACUUCGCAGACAUUCGAAUGAAUUACGACUUCUCAAAGAAUCAUCUCAACUUGAAUAUGAAACAUGGCAAAACAAUUUCAAGAAACAACAGGCUUUACUUCUAGAGGAGAAAGAAGGGGCUAUUAGAGAACAGUGCAGAAAAGAACGGGAUAGAGAAAUAGAGGCCGUUAUUGAGAGACUCGAAAGCGAGGCCAACGAUAACAAGUUGCAGUUGGAACAAUCAACAGAAAAUAGAAUCAGGAGACUGAAAGAAAAAUAUGAGAAAGAAAUCAAGGAUUUGGAGAUGUAA